UAGUGUAAAUUGUGUUGCCUAUGUACGCUCGGUAACCUCAAAACUGAACGUCAGAUGAAAGCAAAAGCGAUUGUUUUGUUUUACGAGUGUUUGUUUUUGUUUUGUUUUUUCUUCAAUUUUACUUUCGAUCCGGUACGUUGUUUUCCUGUUGUUUCUUCAGACUUUUCCCCGUCCACCCCUCAUCUCUCACACACAGCACAUGCGAUCGCGUAAUUUAAGGUCAAUAACAGUACGUCCAGGCGAUAUUUCAAUGUCAACGAUGUUUACGACCGUCACGUUCCUGCUAAUUGCCGAAAGAUGAUUCUAUGAUGAUGAUGAUGUUAAUGAUGAUAUCUUAAGUUGAGUGGUGGUGGUGGAGGAGUAGUUUAUUCUUCGUUAUUUAAACGCAAAGUCCAUCGAAACUGAAAGCGCUCUCUCAGUUCGCCCAAAGCGAAUUUACGAAACGAAAAUGAAGCAGUUCAGACUUGUCGUGCACCAGAAGGCUUUCAGCUCGGAGGAUGUGGUGAUGAAUCUUUGUUACUACGAGCAUGCCAAAGAGGGUGACACUGUGGAGAUCUAUGAUGCUGAGGAGAACAAUCCGAGGCUGCUGCUGCAGAUCAAGGAGGCUCAGACUGUCGCCAAAGACACCAUCAGCGUGGAGCAGACGAUUGCGAACGCUUUCGGUCUGAGACCGUUCCAGCAGGUCAACGUGGAGAUCGUGAAUCCUGCGGACGUUGCCUUGGACUCGAUCGAGCUGACGUUCAAGGAUCAGUACAUGGGUCGUUCGGAGAUGUGGAGAUUGAAGAACAGUUUGACCAAUACGUGCGUGUAUAUUAACAAGAAGAUAGAGUUCUGCGGUGGGACGGUGCGUUGUCAGGUGUACGAGAUGUGGUCGGUGGGCGAUAGAGUCGCCUGCGGUGUGAUCACGGACGACACGAAGGUGGUGUUCCGAUCGUCCACGUCGAUGGUCUACCUCUUCCUGCAGAUGAGCUCCGAGAUGUGGCAGUUCGACAUACACGGCGACCUGUACUUCGAGAAGGCGGUCAACGGAUUCCUCGCGGAUCUCUUCACCAAAUGGAAGAAGAACGGGAGCAACCACGAGGUCACGAUCGUGCUGUUCUCGAGGACGUUCUACGAGGCUAAAUAUUUGGAGGAGUUUCCACUGCAUAUGCGCGAGUGUCUGCAGAAGGAUUACAAGGGACGGUAUUACGAGGAUUUCUAUCGGGUGGCCGUGCAGAACGAACGGUACGACGAUUGCUCGGGAAUCCUCGAACAGUUGAGGCGAUUGUUCUCCGAGUAUCUGAAGAUGGUGCUGGAUUACCAUUCGAGGCCUGGAUUGAAGAUACCCGCCGCGACGAACAGCACCGCGGCUCAAGGGAAUUUCCUGGAGGUGCUGAACAUGUCGUUGAACGUCUUCGAAAAGCACUACCUGGAUCGCAGCUUCGACAGGACCGGUCAGCUGAGCGUCGUGGUCACGCCCGGAGUGGGCGUGUUCGAGGUGGACAGGGAGUUGACGAACAUAACCAAGCAGAGGAUCAUCGACAACGGCGUUGGAAGCGAUCUGGUGUGCGUGGGGGAGCAACCGCUGCACGCCGUCCCACUACUCAAGUUCCACAACAAGGAUACUUACUUGAAUGUGCCCGACGAUUACUCGAUGCCGCACUGGAUCAACUUAUCCUUUUACUCGACCAACAAGAAAGUCGCUUACUCCAAUUUCAUUCCGCGCAUCAAGAUUCCCCCGAUGACCGAGUGCAGAGGCAAGGAACUGCCGAAAGCCAAUCUGAGGCCGGACGAGGAGUACAUCCACAACACGUUCUUCGAUUACGACGCGUACGACGCCCAAGUCUUCCUCAGUCCCGCGCAUCUGGCCCACGAGAUCGGCUACAGCAAAUCGACGUCCCGCUACAAACGUACCUCCGGCAAACUGCUGGAUCCCAAAGAUAUUAAAGGGCAACGACGGAAGAUGUCCGAUCCCGAUAUUCAGCACGUCUCGAGCGACAGCAGCUCGCAACGAUCGCAACCCAUCGCCAUUCCACCAGCUGCCAGUCCGGUCUCCCCUCACGAAGCAGAGAAGACGUGGACCGGUUGCGGCGCCAACGACAGGGAACUCUCACCGCCGAUGCGAAUGGUCGUCGGUUCCGAAGGAAGUCCACCGCUCGAAUCCAGAGCGCUGAUCAAUCCGUUCGAUCCCUCCCACGUCACCAUCAAACUCACCUCCAACAGACGCCGAUGGACUCACAUCUUUCCCAAAGGUCCAACUGGAAUGCUGAUCCAGCAACAUCAUUACCAGGCGGCGCAGACGUACGCCGACCUCAAGUACCCGGUGGGCGCGUCGUCGGAGAAGGCGCCCGUCCUGGCCAGGUCCCUUUCGAGCGCAGCCCUCCAAGAAUAUUGCAAGAAGCGAAUCGGUGCGAGCGCCAACUCUCAAUCGUCGAACGUCUCCACGAAGAACCCGAAGAGUUUGACGCUUCUGUGGGGCGCGACCGGCGAACAGGAAUGGACACCCGCACUGACAACAGCUGUCAAUGAUAUACUAAUAGGCGUCGAUUGGAAGUCGCUGACGAUACCGGCCUGCCUCCCCAUCACGACCGACUACUUUCCCGAUAAGCGCGCCCUGCAGAUAGACUACGUCGUCUCGCUGUACCAUCUGCUGCCGGACGACGUGAACGCGGAUUACGCGCAGAAGAGGGCGAUCUACAAGAAACCGUUGACGACGCCCGAAGUCUUCGUCGAGUUGAUCUCGCAGCGACUGGCGCAGGGUUUCCAGCUGAUCAUGUUGCCCGCCGGCAUGGAGAAGAACGGUAACGGGAUGCUGCAGAACGGAUCCAACACCGGUUCGUUGGUGAGGAAGAGGACGACCAACGCGGAGGCGGAGCAAACCAAGACGUACUUCCUCUCCAUCGGACGUCUCUUCCACAAGAUCUCUCUGACCGGAAACUCCAUCACCGUCACCAGAUACAGACCCAGACAUCCGUAUCCGGGCUUCAAUUAUCAGUACCGUUACCGAUUCCACGCCCCCUUGCACGACACCUACGAAGAGUCGUACGCCACGUUCACCACCGAGAAAUUGGAGCACUACAAUUGGAACUAUCUGGAUCACUACAUCUGCACCAGAGGCGACACCGAUUUCGUCUUCGUCGACGCUUUGAAAUACUGGAGAUUCCGCAUUUAUCUUCUUCCGUUGAACAACGCCGCCACCAAGAGGAUCAUCGACGGCAACAAACAUUGCGACAUCUACGCCAUACCGAGCGCUACAGAUCACCAGCAGAUGGUCGACGGUUUCAUGAAGUUCAUCGAGACUAUAGUCAACAAGUUCAAGAGACCCGGUAUCUCGAAGAAGCCACGGAUGUCGUUGAGCGUAGCUAGCCAGCACGGCCCCCUGAUCAUCCAGCCCAGGCGUAAUAGCAUGAGCGCUGUGAGUUCCAUGCAGAGCAACAUGCAGCAGUGCAGUUCGCCGAUGCGGGAGCGUUUAGGGAGCAAUCACCGUAUGCAGGACAGACACAGGCCAAGGUCCGGGUCGAAGGUCAUGGAACGAGGGAGGGUGUCACCUGCGGUAGAUGGAGCCAACGUGUCGACUUCCACAGCCGCCUCUUCGUACCUAGACAGUCAGAUGCACGAUGGCAACACUGAAGACAGCAGCGUUAAUCAAGAAGCUCUUUUGAAAUCGACGGCCACUCACGAGGAUAUUCUAGAAGCGAUGAAGCAUCCGGUUUCCGGAGUCGGUUUCCUCACGACCCACCAAAGUUUACCUUCGGCUACGUUCGUGUCCGCCGACGCUGCCAAUUGGCUGCUCACCAAUAUGGAGGGCGUGGACGUCUUGGAGCAGGCCGUCCAGAUUCUGAUCUCGAUGCAGAAGGAGGGGCUCAUCUGUCACGCGAGCGGUGAAUUCGCGAAACCCUUCCUCUUUGGCUUCUAUCUGUACUACAUAGUGAACAUCGAUAAAGAUGAUAAUUACUGCAAACCAUUGGAAGAUCUGCAAAGCUUCGAAAAUGAGUGGGUGGAGAUCGAGGUGAGACCGCCCAUGAAUUGGGGCAUGGGCGUGGCUCCGAGUGCAGCCGGAGUGGACGACGUCGAAAGGGGCGUUCCACAUUUCUUGCGCGAAGACAUAGACAUUGCGUAUCUGCAAGGUGAACUGGAUGCUCCAAUUUUCAAGCGGACGCAUUUGGAAAUCGACGUGAACACGAAAAGUGAUAGAGUGGAAUGGGGCCACGCCCGUUAUCAGACCGUGUUCCGCCCAGAUCAAGCCUAUGAAUUGGUGGUGGAAUGGCUCACGGCGUCCGGUUCGAUAGUUGCCGAAUUGUUGUCUGGUUGGGGUCGGAAAGCGCAGCAGUCGUGCGGUCUGCAGAUGGUGCCGAUCCCGCACGAUCCACUCGCCCUGCCCUAUUCGAACAAGUCGGAUCCGUUGCGCGGACCGAUCUUCGUUCCGCUGAACACUCGCUGCCUGGAGUCGAAGGACGGACUGUUCAAGGAGUUCCGUGAGGAUUCGCAGAUGGACAGGCUGUUCCUGUUCCAGGAGGCGAUCGUCGCCAAGUUCGGAUUCAUCCCUUGCCUGAUGGAACCGCAGAACACUGCCGUCGCCCAGGAGCAUCAGUACAUCCACUGCACCGGUACCGUUUUCAUAUUAGUGACGAGUCCGGCGCCGAAGCCCAGACACCGGUGCAUGUCCAUCAGCAAGCAGAGGUCGACCGGAAGAUACUCGGAGCAUGCCGAUGUGGUGCCGAGUCCGCACGAAGCCUACAUCACGCGACACGUGAGCGGCAAGAACAAGGAUGAUUACGAUAACACGAGAAGGAAAGGGUUCCUUUGGUCGUGGAAUCACAUGGUCAGUCGCAGAUGGAGGACGAACGUCGUCGUCGACAACAAUUUCCAGACGAAGUUGCUGCGCGAUUUUCGCGAGUUCUGCGCAAAUCGCGACGACAGAUUGAGGACGUACUGGGAGGCGAGUUGGUUGACCAAAGAGAUGGCAAGCACUAUGUCCAAAGGCUUGACGUUAUCUUAAACCGCCCAUUCAAAUGGAGACAAAAACAGAGAUAUAUCAAAGAAAUAUCAAAAAAAAAAUCUUUGUACGCUGCAAGAGAA